GAGAGGUAGAGGUAGAGAGAGAUAGAGGUGUAGAGACGUGUAGAGGUGUAGAGAGGUGUAGAGAGGUGCAGCUCCAUAGAGGCAGCAGGUGGAGGUGUGGACAGGUAACCUCCGUUCCUCCCGGUUUCUCCUCCGUUCCUCCCGUUCCUCCCGUUCCUCCCGUUCCUCCCGUACCUGACCAGGUGAGUCGGGCUGGUCCUCGGAGCUCCGUCCUCUCACCUGUCGACAUGUACGUCAGUUACCUGCAGCUGGACAAGGAGCCCUCCGCCAUGUACCAGACCCCCCGCCACCACCCGGGCCUCAGCCCGCAGAACUUCCCCGCUCCCCCGCCGCAGUACUCGGACUUCACGGGCUACCACCACCACCACCACCACCACCACGGCCUGGCCGGCCCGGACCCGCAGCAGAGCGGGCCCGGGGCCGGAGGCUGGAGCCCGGCCUACCCGCCUCCUCCCGCUCCUCCUCCUGCGGCGGCGGCUCGGGAUGACUGGUCCUCGCAUCACUACGCGGCGGCGGCGGCGGCAGCGGCGGCGGCGGCGGCCGGGGGCCCCCCGCCUCCUCCGGGGGCCUCCGCCGUGGGGCCCAGUCUGGGCUUCAGCCCCCCGGAGUUCCCCGGGGCUCCGCCCGCGCUGCUCCCCGCAUCCCUCAACGCCUCCGCGGGGCAGCUGUCCCCCGCAUCCCCGCGAAGGAGGAACCCCUACGACUGGAUCCGGAGCUCCGCACCGGCCCCCAACCCGAACGGGAAGACACGAACCAAAGACAAGUACCGGGUGGUUUAUACCGACCACCAGCGUCUGGAGCUGGAGAAGGAGUUUCACUACAGCAAGUACAUCACCAUCCGGAGGAAGGCGGAGCUCGCCACGGCUCUCAACCUGUCUGAGCGACAGGUGAAGAUCUGGUUCCAGAACCGUCGAGCGAAGGAGCGAAAGAUCAGCAAGAAGAAGCUCCAGCAGCCGGCGUCCUCCACGACCACGGCCACGCCUCCCACCGGUGGAGGUGGAGGAGGUGGAGGAGGUGGAGGUCUCCACGGCAACGGUGGCAGCAGCGUCGCCAUGGUGACGAGCAGCAGUGGCAGCAACGGGCUGGUGUCUCCGUCUUCUCUGGCUCUGAACAUCAAGGAGGAGUACUGAAGGAGGACGGACUAAAACACAAACUGAAACUCUUCGUCAUCUUCAAAGACAAAACUCAGACGGAGGUGACGCAGCCAGCAGCCGCUCUUCUUCUUCUUCUUCUUCAUUAAUAAUCAGGCUGCAGCUGACUGUGUCCUCAGGUCUUCACGUUAUUCUAACUCGUAGAGUCUCAGAUGUUCAGAGAACGUCCAGAUUAAUAAUAUUCCAUGUGAUGGAUCAGAGCAGCUGUGAAAACAGAGUUUAUCUGUGAUACUGUUUGUUUUUAACUGUAACUCUAUAAUCAGGGAAAUGUUCAGGGUUAAUCCACUUUCUAUCUAUUUGUUUUAGUUUGAUCCUCUGACAGAAACAGCCACAAACAAACCUGAACGAUCGGUGUGUUCAUUCUACUACAAUACCCAUGAGCCUCAGCGACCGGCUCGGCCCAGAGCCUCCAGAUAAACCUUCGGUGGUGGAGGUGUAGCAUUUCAUGAAGUCUUCUUCUCUGGAGCUGGACUCAGUUCACAUCCAACAUGGCCGACCGUUGUGUUCCCGUCCCUUCAGGACCACGUCUCCACGAGGAAACACUUCAGGGAUCAAUCAUGAACGGUUCAGAGCUUUAACUCCUCGUUCCUGCAGCUUCACCAUCGUCCAACAAGCGUUUCCAGACGUCUUUGGUUGAGCUGGUGUCCUGAUAAUAUUCUCAUUAACUCAUAAUGUACCUGCAGCUCUUCACUAAAAUCCUCCAGUAACAGUUUAUUUCUAGUCGAAGGUUUUAAAGUGUCAGAAUAUUGAAGGUUUGUUUCUGCAGCUCAUUGAUGAGAACAAGUCUCAGAAACCGGGUUCAUACCCGGGAAACUUUAAACCUACAUAAAGUUGGAUCUGUUUAAAGCUGCUUCCUCUCAGACACAGAGACACUCGGUUAAGAUAAAACCGUUUAUUAAAUCAACAAGAGCAAAAACAGGUUCAGACUCAUAAAUGAAAUAAAUCUAUCCAACACAUGAAUUAGUCAAUAAUUACAGCCGCAGAUUAAUCAACUAAUUAACUCACUGAUUAAAUCCUGCAGCUUUACAGCAUCAAAAAAUAAAUAACCAGAAAGAGGAAGUGGCGUCUUUUACAUGAGAGUCACCAACAUCAACACUGGUCCCUUUACUCCUUUUAUUCCUUUUAUUCCUUUUUAUUUAAGAGUAUCAGACUUUUCUUUCCUGCUAAACGUCCAGUAAAUGUUUUGUAAAUGAUGUGAUCUCAGACUUUAUCACGUGUAUAUUUUCAAAUAUAAUUUGUAUUAAAAAGGAAAAAGUUUCUUUAUUGUAAAA